AACUAACUUACCGUUUCUCACUCACUUGCAGCUUUAGUUGAUGAUAGACUGCUAAAACACCCUUUUACACCCACAUUUGGUUAAUUCUCCCUUGGUCUUUAACGAUGGCGACUAGUAUGCGGGGACUGACUCAGUUUAUCGCUGACAUCCGAGGAGCACGAGUCCGUGAACUCGAGGAGAAGCGGAUUAAUAAGGAAAUGGCUAACAUCAGGAAGAAAUUCAAAGAUGGAAAUUUGGAUGGGUAUCAAAAGAAGAAAUAUGUUGCAAAGAUUAUCUUCACCUAUAUUCUGGGUUACAAAGUCGACAUCGGACAUAUGGAAGCCGUCAACCUCAUAUCAAGUCCGAAGUACAGUGAAAAACAGAUAGGAUACUUAGCGGUUACAUUGCUCAUGCACGAAAAUUCCGAUUUCUUGAGACUCGUUGUCAACUCCAUACGGAAGGACUUACAUGGGAACAAUGAAGUAGACAAUUGUCUGGCAUUACACUCGAUUGCGAAUGUUGGAGGAAGUGAGAUGGCAGAAGCAUUGGCCGAAGAUGUCCAUCGUUUGCUUAUUUCGCCGACAUCCCAGAGCUUCGUCAAGAAGAAAGCUGCGCUGACAUUAUUGAGAUUAUACCGCAAACACCCCGAUGUCAUACCAGCCGCAGAAUGGGCGUUGAGGAUAGUUUCCAUUAUGGAUGACGAAGAUCUGGGCGUUGUUAUCUCCGUCACGAGCUUAGUUAUGGCACUGGCUCAAGAUCACCUCGAUGCUUUUGCUGUCUGUUACACCAAAGCUGUUGAUCGACUACAUCGUCUUGUUAUAGAGCAUGAAUACCUCGCUACGUAUGCAUAUUACAAAGUCCCAUCACCUUGGUUGCAAGUGAAGUUACUACGACUGCUUCAAUAUUACCCUCCAUCUGAUGAUCCCGCGAUUCGAUCUGUACUGCACCAAGUCUUACAGACGGUCAUGAACAAUUGCGCGGAGCCCUCGAGGAACGUCCAACAUAAUAACGCGCAGCAUGCAGUCUUGUUUGAGGCCAUCGGACUUGCCAUACACCUCGACACAAACUCGCCCCUUGUUGGCACCGCCGCAGUUUUACUCGCUCGAUUUAUCUCCUCCAAGGAGACUAACGUCAGAUACUUGGGACUCGACACCAUGGCUCACUUGGCAGCCCGUGCCGAAUCCUUAGAACCCAUAAAGAAGCACCAGAAUACCAUCAUGUUGUCCCUUCGAGACAAGGACAUAUCAGUUCGGCGCCGUGCCCUGGAUCUUCUCUAUAGCAUGUGUGACGUUGACAAUUCAGAGAUGAUCGUCGGGGAACUACUGAGAUAUCUCAAAGUUGCAGACUACGCUCUUCGAGAGGAGAUGGUGUUGAAGAUAGCAAUUUUGACCGAGAAAUACGCUACCUCGUACAAGUGGUACGUCGACACCAUAUUACAAUUGAUCAGCGCUGCUGGUGACCACGUCGGAGAGGAAGUUUGGUAUCGUGUCGUGCAGAUCGUUACAAAUACAGACGAUCUUCAGGAGUAUGCUGCCAAAGUCGUCUUUGAGCACUUAAAGGCACCUGUAGCUCAUGAGAGUUUAGUGAAAGUCGGCGGUUACAUCCUUGGCGAAUACGGCCACCUCAUUGCAAAUGAACACGGUUAUAGCCCCAUGGAACAAUUUCAGGUUCUACACUCCAAAUCACAAUUUUGUGUGGCGGCGACACGCUCGUUACUUUUAUCGACUUACAUCAAAUGGGUCAACGUCUUUCCGGAAAUUAAGCCCCAGCUUGUCACCAUAUUCGAACGGUACCGGCAUGUACUUGACGCCGAUCUCCAGCAGCGUGCUUGCGAGUUCCAUGCGCUUACGUCAAGACCGGAAGACGAUGAAAUCCUGCAGAAUAUUUGCGAGGAGAUGCCUCCUUUCCCACCCAGAGUCAGCGCGUUGCUCGGACGCCUAAAGAGGAAGGACGGUGACACGGAAGAUAAACGAACCUGGAUUCAUGGGGGCAAGGAAGCUAAUCUGGAGAGGGGUUUGACGGAACGGAAGGGCACGACAGAAGCCAAUGGGUCUGCGAUGUCCUCACCGUCUGCUGCCCCAACGGAUACGAGCAUCCUAGGCUCGUUAGCAGGAUUAGACCUAUCCUUGAGAUCCGGAUCUCAUCACGAUCUAUCCGCUGGAGCUCCUCCCAUUGUCGCUGGUCCCAACGUCGAACGUUGGUUUGACAAACUGACCUUUACUACAGACGGCAUCCUUUACGAGGAUGCACAAAUACAAAUCGGUGUCAAGUCUCGCUAUCAAGGACACAUAGGACAACUCGCUAUAUACCUGGGCAACAAAACCCCAACCCCUUUGACAUCAUUCACCACAAAAGUGAACGUAAGUGACCCGGAAGCACUUUCCGUGACUUUUGCGAAAAUCCCGCCGAAUACCAUACCCACUCGUGCUCAAGUUCAGCAGUUGCUACACGUGGAAUGUAAAAAGUCGUUCACCACGCCCCCUGUGCUCACGCUAUCGUAUUUAGCCGGCUCACAUCAGGCACUUUCCCUCCGACUACCCAUUGUACUUACAAAAUUCCUUGAGCAUGUCAAGUUGGGACAAGCCGACUUCUUCGAGAGAUGGCGGUUGAUCGGUGGACCACCUCGUGAAUCCCAGGCCGUUUUUCCUGUCGACCUCAACAAAGCAGGCCAGUUGGACCUUAUGAAACAUAAGGAAGUUGUUUCGGGUCAACGACUGAACCUGUUGCCUGAAAUUGAUCCCAACCCGAAUAAUGUUGUGGCUGCUGCUGUCUUGCACAUGUCGGUUGAAGGCAAAGUAGGCUGUCUUCUCAGAAUGGAGCCUAACAAAGACGCUAAGCUCUGCAGAAUAACCGUGCGCAGCACGUCGGAGGAUGUUGCAAAGGAAGUUCGUCAGCUGAUACAAAAGCCAUUGAUAGGGGCGCGGGGUGUUGAAUCCUGAUGCUUCGAAAUUGGAUUGUUGUAUAUCACAUAGAACACUAGAGACACGCUUCAGGCUCAACUCUAGGCUUGUGAGUCGUUUCAGCUUACUGUUACAAAAUUUCGGAGUGCUCUGUGCGAAGUAUUGCCCAAAUGAAGGAGGAUCCCGAACACAACGAUAGUUGUAAACCAUCCGCCAUUUGUUUGCCCU